CCGUUUGUUAACUAAUCGCUUAGAAACGAGCCGUUCCCGUUUAAUUGAACGUUGCAUUACGUUUUUUUCAGUUUGAGUUGUAUGCAUUGCGUCUUGCAACAGAUCGUUUACCGUUUAAGAGGCAAACGGAACGAAACGGUGAGCGACCUACCUAAAUUUGUCCAAUAGAAACUCGUUUUCGUUGCAAAAGUUUUCCGUUUGGAGUAGGCCUUAUUAAACAGUUUCGCAGCAGACGAACGUUUUGCAAAACAAUUGGCGUAAUGAAUACACCCCUGGUUCGACCGGCCAGCCCAGGUGUGUUUCUUGUCAGACGGCUAUGUCACGCACAGGGACUGGUUGGUCACAUGGUCCAGCUCCAACGUUCUGCGGAAAUUAAUUAGCGGAAGAAACAGGUGGAUGUAUCAUCCGCAGAGACCAGUGGGUCCCCAUGUCUGCUAGAGGAGGUUCCUCUGGCCGUUUCAACUGUGUCCGGGAUGCAGAACCUCACUACGACCAGGUUCCAGUGGGCUCCUUAUGGAGGGACCAGGACCUCCCUCCUCCUCCUCGCUCCCUUAGGGGUUUCAGGGAGGCAGACCUGGCUGUGAGCUCCGACCCCCUGCCCCCCCCUCCCCUCCCAGACCAACCCCCCGUGGGCCCUGACUUCUACCCUCCUAGCGACGGUGCCCCGGAGCGCCUUGACAACGACAGCGCAGCCAUGGACAUCAAACCCGUCCAUCGCUUCAUUCCUGACUCCUUCAAGAACUUCUUCCGCGGCAACAGUGUCCGUGGUAGCAGCAACAAGCCCUUCUCCUUACCCCCCUCCCCGCCGCUGACGGAAAAAGACGACCUCAAACCAGGAACCACUAGAGGUGUCCCCUGCUCCCCUCCCCCCUCUCCCUCCCUCCCCGGCUCCUACCUGGACCCGUACGGAGGCUCUGGCGGCAGCUACAACUCCCGAAAAGAACGUGACGCCAUGUUGCUAGGAACCGAUGCCUUCGAGUCUGUCUCUGGCGUCACAUUCCGCUCAGCCAAGACCUACAGCGAGCGGGUGGAGGAUUACCACCAGCGCUACGCCUAUAUGAAGUCCUGGGCGGGGUUACUGCGCAUCCUGGGCUGCGUCGAGCUCCUUUUGGGCGCUGUCGUCUUCGCCUGCGCGUGUGCUUAUGUGCACAAGGACAACGAGUGGUUCAAUAUGUUCGGCUACUCCCAGCCACAGUUGUUCGGGGGGUUAGGGGGCGGCGCAGCAGCCUACGGAGGCAGCGGAUCGUUCAGCUACGACGGACCCAAAACCCCCUUCAUCUUGGUAGUGGCUGGCCUGGCCUGGAUAGUAACAGUCAUUAUGCUAGUCCUGGGGAUGACCAUGUACUACCGUACCAUCCUCCUAGACUCGUCUUGGUGGCCCUUGACUGAGUGUGUGAUUAACCUGGCCCUUGGGUUUCUCUACAUGGUAGCAGCGGCAAUGUACGUCAGGGACACAACCAGAGGAGGCCUCUGUUACAUCCCUGUCUUCAACAACGGAAUCAACGGGGCCUUCUGUCGUACAGAGGCCGGCCAGACCGCCGCCAUUAUUUUUCUGUUCGUCAACAUGAUAAUAUAUUUUGUGGGCGCCGGCGUGUGUCUGAAGCUGUGGCGGCACGAGGCGGCGAGGCUGAGGAGGGAGGGGUUAGCGCAGGAGAUGAAAACCAUUGGAUCUUCCCUGCCAAUAUCUGCUGUGGGCGGUUCCAGGACCUCAGAGCAGACCCCUCUCCCCACCCUCCAGACUAUCCCAGAGGUGUUGGACGGCCAUCUUGCCUCUCCAGCCGUCCCUCUGAUGAUGGAGCCAGAGAUCCUCAGAGGACACAUCCCUGCAGGACACAUCCCCAAACCUGUAAUCAUCGCAGACUACGUAGCGAAGUACCCGACCAUCCGUACGGAGGAGGAGAGGGACCAGUACAAGGCUGUGUUUAAGGACCAGUAUGCUGAGUACAAAGAGCUGCAUGCUGAGGUCCAGGCCAUGGCCAAGAGGUUUGACGAAAUGGACGAACUGAUGAGGAACCUGCCUCCACGGCCCUCCAGUCAACUGGAGAAGAAACGCAUCGAUACCAUAGUAUUGGAGUACCAGAGAAAGAAAGAGGAUCCUACGUUCCUUGAGAAGAGGGAGAGGUGUGAGUACCUGAAGAACAAACUGUCCCACAUCAAACAGAAGAUCAACGAAUACAACAAGGUCAUGGACUGGAACGACGGAUUCAACUAGACGAACACACACACACACACUCUGAACUGUGCAGCUUAACUGAGCCAGGUCAAGCCCGAAUGCUGAAGUUUACCGUCCAUUACAUUAUGUUGGAUGCCACUCCUUGCCAGUUAUAUGCAUUAUGUGGACAUGCCAUGGGUCAAAUCAUAUAAAGAUUUUAGUGCCACAAAAAAUUGAUAUUGAGGCUGGUUUUAUAAUCUACACGUUUUCUUCUUAUCUGAUGCAUUUGUUUUUAUUGAUGUCCGUGAUAUUUUUGUUCAACACCAUAAUUGUGAGUUGGUUGCCACUGCCCAACCCUGAAGUACAGAUCAGUCUCUACACAGUAUCCCACCAUCAAUUUGAUAAUGAGGGCAGAUCAGUCUCUACACAGUAUCCCACCAUCAAUUUCAAAAUGAGGGCAGAUCAGUCUCUACACAGUACCCUACCAUCAAUUUGAUAAUGAGGGCAGAUGUCAUUCUUUGUUGUGUGUAAUUAUUUAUCUCUAUUGUACCAUUUUGUAAACUCUAGAUACUGUAACAGUAUGAAACUAAACAAAUCUCUUAUGAUUUCCUCAACAAGACUUUUCUGCAAUAAUUGUUUAAAUUAAGUGACAAAGCACCUCCUAUGUAUUAUAUGUCGUUGUACAUGAACACAGUCCAAUGUUGUACACUGAUGUCAAUCCAUGUGGUUUAUUUGGAACACAUGGCAUCUCUGGUAUAUUUUGUACAUUUAUGUGUAAAAACAUUAUCCAGUAUCAUAUAUUUCUGUUUUGACGUACUUGUCAUUUCUUGAUAAUUGAAGGAAAGUCUGGAAAGUUUGAUUUCAGCACAGUUUGAUAAAGAUCCUAAAAACUAUGAUGCCUUUUUUUCCCUAGUAGAAAUGACCCAUUAUAUUAGUCACAGAAGAGUGUGUGUGUGUGACUAACUAUGUCAGUGGGUCGAUGAAUGUCAGAGAAGACUGGAAGCUGGAUCCUUUUUCUGUCAGUCAGUGUCUGUUACAAAAAGGGAAUCUUGCCUAAACAAUGUCUCACACACACACUUUCUGUCUGUGGAAUCUUGCCUAGUCCUCAUGACAUGGCUGUUGGUCUCGUUAAAUCCUGCAGGACUGGUUUGGUCAUGAUGGACACUAGAGGGGGGAUGGGGGGCGUUGGGCAUCACAGACCCCCUAUUCAAAUCAUAACGGUGUAUAGUUCUGGCUCCACUGCGACUCCCAAGCACCAAGGUGUCAUCUUACACACACACCGUAGGCCCUAUUAGGUUGAAGAUACACAGGUUAGGGCAAGUUACGAUUCCAUGCGGAAGCUUUUGAAAAUAAACAGAUUCAUGGGACCAGCGCUGUUGCUAAAUAGCAUAUUUGGUGCCUUAGUUUGGAAUGUGUCCUUAUUUAUGCAAAGAGUUCUGGGAUAUUAGAACCCUCGUGACUUAACCUUGGUUAUCUUCAACCUAGCAUAGGACCAGGAAGUUAUUUUUAUUUAUAAAUAUUUUUUUUCUUUAUUUUUUUCCCCCAACAGUAACAAUAUUACACAGCAAUACAAAUCAAAUUGUAUUAGUCACAUGCGCCAAAUACAACAGGUGUAGUAGACCUUACAGUGAAAUGCUUACUUACGAGCCCCUAAUCAACAAUGCAGUUUAAAAUACAGAUAAGAAUAAGAAAUAAAAGUAACAAGUAAUUAAAGACAGGGACAUUACUGUGAAUACAAAGGAAAAACGGAAAUAAUAGAACACCAGGCCAAUGCAACAAUAAGUGGAUACGAUUGGCAGAUAAUGAAGUCAUUUUUUGGUUAUUAUUAUUCAAUCUAUUGCUACGGAAGUGACCAACCCAUGCUAUGGUCAAAAGGGACAACCUUUUAUCUUCCUUGUCCAGUUAUCCUAAAAGUUAAAGAAACUCCUUUUAAAAUAUUUCCUUCCAUCUACACUGUUAAUGAUUUCUUGCACAAAACAUUCAAUUUUGACAAAAUGCCUUGUGUUUUUUGUUCCUCUGAUUCAGAAUCUAUAAAGCUAGUAAACUAUGGAUUGAAAUCCAUGAAUGGUUGUGUAUAAAAUCUCCAGAAUUACCUAUGUUUACCUUUGAUGAUGUUAAAUUAAAUGGCAUGAUGCUUA